CGGUGUAAAAUUUGCAAUAAAAUUGUGCAAUAACAUACAAAUAUCUUGAUAAUUUACUUUAAACGCACAGCCAGUUCCCUCUCCGUGGGUGCCAGGAAACUGUUUGGUUGUUGUGACAUUUUGGCAACAUAAAACGCAAUGGCGCCACAGAUGACGCCAUUUUCGCAGCUCGACAAAAUGGCGACGACAAUGACGCUCGCAUCCAAAGCGGAAAUACUCUGGCUCUGCCGAAUACUGCUGCUUUGCUUUUGCAUUGGCGCCGCCGCUACUAGAGACAUUCCAUCAUCAUCAUCGCUAUCGUCAUCGUCAGUCUAUGCACGUUCCGCCCAUGAUGACGACGAUGUUGCCUUUUAUUGCCCAGAGGAAGGUCUAUUCCCAGACGACUAUGACUGCCGGCUCUACUAUCGCUGCGAAAAGCUCUCCGAGCACUACAUCAAGCCAUACAUGUUUGCCUGCAAGGAAGGAACAGUCUUUUCGCGUACUCUCCAAUUGUGCAUGCCGCCUAUGCUGGCCGGACGUGGCGAGUGCUCCUACUACACAAACUACAUCAAUGAAAUUGACGAUAGCCAGCUGCAGUCGGAUGGGCUCGUCUCUAACCCAAAUGGACAUAUUGCGGAGCCAAACAACGACGCAACAACUGCUGCCCUUGAGCUGCACACUUACGCCACAGAGAAUCAGUUGCCCACCAACUAUGGAUUGACAGGUCUGAGUGGUGUUCAAGUCAUAUCCUUUUCGAGCACUUCAUCUCUGCGCUCAGCUGAUGAUGAAGGUGUGUUCUGCAAUGCUGAUGGAUUUAUGAGUGAUCCUAGCGAUUGCACCGUAUUCUAUCGCUGCAUCUCCAAUGGACGUGGCUACAAUAAAAUCGGCUUUCGCUGCUCGGAUGGCACGGCUUGGGAUGAAUCCCUGCAGUCUUGCAAUCAUAUAAUCGUAGUGCGCUCUAAUGGUGGUUGUCGUAUGCAGAAUGAUCCACUGAACGAUGUUUACGCGGAUCAAACUUCUACACAGUCAUCGCAAUCGAGCUUCCAAAAUACAACUUCGUCCUCGUCCAGUAGCAAUCAACAGAGCUCCUCUACAAGUUCCUCAACGUCCUCUUCCAGUUCUUCAUCUUCUAGUACUUCGCAAACUUCAACAAGUUCGACAAAUCAACAGGAGUCAAGUUCGAGUUCAAGCUCAAAUCAGGAGUCGUCGACAUCGAGUAGCAAUCAGCAGUCUACAUCCAGCUCAAGUUCAAGCAACACGGAGACUUCAACAAACCAAAACUCUGGCAGUAACCAGUCCUCAAGCAGUAACCAAAGCUCGAGCAGCUCAAGUACUGGUGGCUCGAGCAAUCAAAGUGCAAACAAUAAUCAUAAUCAAAGCUCGAAUAAUCAAGAUCAAAAUCAAAGCUCCAGCAGCAAUCAAUCUUCAAGUGGCAGCCAAAACAGCCAAACGACUAAUAAUAACCAAAAUUCGGAAAGCAAUCAAUCUUCGAACGCUUCCAACAAUCAAACAAACCAGAACACUAGUACACCUGAUUCUACAAAAUGCGAGGAUGAGAACACCUAUAUACCAGAUAAAAGCGAUUGCAAAAAGUUUUACAGAUGUCGGUUAGAUGAUAAUGGAGUAUUAGAAAAGGUACCGUUUACAUGUGGACCUGGCACUAUUUGGAGCCAAGUGGAGCGAGUUUGUAUUCUCCCCAGCGAAGAGCAGAAAAAACAAUGCAAUGUGCAGACAAGUCAUCAAAAUGCCAACAAUUCCUCUGAACAAUCAGCCACCAAUAGCAACGAAAAUUCGAAUGGUCAGUCCAGUAGUUCCACCUCUACCAACAACAAUAAUAGCAGCAAUACAUCCAGCAGUCAACAAGAAUCAUCAACAUCAAGUAGCAACCAAUCUUCCAGCAGUCAACAAAAUUCAUCGACUAAUUCAUCAUCAAAUUCUGCAACAGAAAAUACAAAUAAUGAAAAUUCAACCACCUCAACUUCAAAUAUAAGUCAAGGUUCAACCACAACUUCUAAGCCUUUAAAUCCCGAAGGAGAAUGUCAAGAUACAGAAACAUAUUUGUCAGACGCAAGGAACUGCGCCAUUUUCUAUCGUUGUGUGGAUAACGGCAACGGUGGAUUUGAUAAAGUUUCUUUUGAUUGCCCACCUGGAACAGUUUGGGAUCCAAAUUCAAAGGGCUGCAACCAUCCAACAGACGUGCAAAAGGAGCAAUGCAAGGCUAUGGGCAAUGGCACCGCGACUUCUUCAAAUCAAAGUUCUUCCAAUCAAGGCUCUUCAUCAAACCAAGGUUCUUCUUCUAACCAAGGAUCUUCGUCAAACCAAGGAUCUUCGACAAACCAAGGGUCGUCGUCAAACCAAGGAUCUUCGUCAAACCAAGGAUCUUCAUCUAACCAAGGCUCUUCAUCAAACCAAGGGUCUUCAUCUAAUCAAGGAUCUUCAUCAAACCAAGGAUCUUCAUCAAGUCAAAGCUCUUCGUCAAACCAAGGAUCUUCGACUAACCAAGGAUCUUCGACUAACCAAGGCUCUUCAUCUAAUCAAAGCUCUUCAUCUAAUCAAGGAUCUUCGUCUAACCAAGAAUCGUCUUCGAAUCAAGGCUCUUCGUCUAACCAGGGAUCUUCAUCUAACCAAGGCUCUUCAUCAAACCAAGGAUCUUCGUCUAACCAAGGAUCUUCAUCUAACCAAGGCUCUUCAUCUAAUCAAGGCUCUUCAUCUAAUCAAGGAGCUUCGUCUAACCAAGAAUCUUCUUCGAAUCAAGGCUCUUCGUCUAACCAGGGAUCUUCGACUAACCAAGGAUCUUCGUCAAGCCAAGGAUCUUCGACUAACCAAGGAUCGUCGUCUAACCAAGGCUCUUCAUCUAAUCAAGGAUCUUCGUCUAACCAAGAAUCUUCUUCGAGUCAAGGCUCUUCGUCUAACCAAGGUUCUUCAUCAAAUCAAGGAUCUUCGUCUAACCAAGGCUCUUCAUCUAAUCAAGGCUCUUCAUCUAAUCAAGGAUCUUCGUCUAACCAAGAAUCUUCGUCUAACCAAGGUUCUUCAUCAAAUCAAGGAUCUUCGUCUAACCAAGGCUCUUCAUCUAAUCAAGGAUCUUCGUCUAACCAAGAAUCUUCUUCAAACCAAGGAUCUUCGUCUAACCAGGGAUCUUCAUCAAACCAAGGCUCUUCGUCAAACCACGGAUCUUCAACUAACCAAGGAUCUUCGUCAAACCAAGGAUCUUCGACUAACCAAGGAUCUUCGUCAAACCAAGGAUCUUCGUCUAACCAAGGCUCUUCAUCUAAUCAAGGCUCUUCAUCUAAUCAAGGAUCUUCGUCGAACCAAGAAUCUUCUUCGAAUCAAGGAUCUUCAUCGAACCAAGGUUCUUCAUCAAACCAAAGCUCUUCGACAAACCAAGGAUCAUCGACUAGCCAAGGAUCUUCAUCGAACCAAGAAUCUACAUCUAACCAAGGAUCUUCGUCAAAUCAAGGCUCUUCGUCAAACCAAGGAUCUUCAUCUAACCAAAGCUCCUCAACAAACCAAGGAACUACUCAAAAGCCCUUUAAGCCAGCUGAGAAAUGUGAAAGUGAGGAGACAUUCUUGGCUGACAACGAUAAUUGCUCCAAAUUCUAUCGCUGUGUUGAUGAUGGCAAAGGCGGUUUUGUGAAAGUUUCAUUUACUUGCCCACCAAACACAAUUUGGCAUCCGAAUGCUAACAGCUGUGACCAUCUAGCACAAGUUGAUUCACAAAACUUGAAGUGCAAGAAAGGUAACACUAAUCAGAGUACUACCAGCUCGACUAGCAGUAAUGAAGAAUCUUCAACGACUUCGACUGCACUUGAGGAAACAACGACAUCAGUUACCUCGAGUACAUCGUCUAGUCCCAGUAAUGUUGGAUCUAGCUCUUCUCCAAAACCCUCCGGUAAGUGUAGAGUAAUUGGAGAGUUUGUGGGAGAUCAAGAAGAUUGUGCUAAGUUUUAUCGAUGCGUUGAUAACGGUAGAGGAGGCUUCAACCAAGUUGCCUUCUCAUGCGGUCCAGGAACUGUGUGGGAUGCUCAGAUAUUGGCCUGUAAUCAUGCAUGGGCCGUCAAAGAUAAAAGCUGCGGAAAUGGAGCAACAACUCAACGUCCAGUUGCUCCAAAUAGUACGCCAACUCAAGCUUCUACUCAAAAUAAUUCCCAAUCGGACAGGCCAACAACUACAAGACCUUUAACUACAAUCCCGUCUACACAAACACCUUCUUCUCCAAGCUCAUCGACUAGUAAGAAACCUUCCACUCAAAUGCCUGCUAUGAAACCUACAACUCAAAAACCAAAUGGCAAAGAUGAAUGUCAGUCCGACGGCUUCAUAGGCGACUCUAGCAAUUGUGCCAAAUUCUAUCGGUGCGUUAGCAAUGGUAAAGGUGGCUUCGACCAGAUUCCAUUCCAUUGUGCGGCUGGAACAGUUUGGGAUCAAAGCCUUCAAACCUGUAAUCACGAUUUCAACAAUUGCAAUCCCAUUAGCGCUGGUAAUACGACCACUGAGUCUGACAAGGGUCCUUGUGACAACACAAACUCAACCUUACCGCCAACUACAGAUCCCAAUACAACAAUCCGUCCAACCGAAAGCGGCACGGAGUCCACAACUGAAUCGCAACAAACAAGUGCAUCACAGCCUACAACUACAAUAUGGACUACAACUUCCAGACCAACUACAACUGAAUCACAGCCUAUAACUACAAUGUGGACAACAACAGCCAGACCACCCACGACCGAAACUCAACCUACAACCACAAUAUGGACGACGACCAUUGAACCGUCGUCAACAAACGAUCCAUAUCCAAGUCCUACAACCAUGAAUCCUCCAACAACUUCCACUCCAGUGCCCAAUUUACCACCAGGCACUGAAUGUAAGGGAGAAGGAUUCAUGGCUGAUCCAUACAAUUGUCGAAAGUUCUACCGCUGUCUAAGAAAUGGAGAUUCUUUCUCAAAACAUCAAUUUAUGUGUGCUAAAAAUACAGCUUGGAACGAAGAUAUACAAACUUGUGAUCACGCCGCAAACGUUCCGCGUUGCUCUGGUCAAACUGAAACUCCUGUUAUGACCCUGCCUACAGAAAGUCCUCAGCAGUCAACUACCCCACCAAAUGAGAAACCAACUAAUCCCACAACGACUGAAUAUCCAACUAAACCCACAACCACCGAAUAUCCAGAAAAGCCAACCGAAUCACCAACAAAGCCUACCACUGAAUAUCCAAAACCCACAACUGAAAAUCCAACAAAACCUACCAGUGAAUAUCCAACAAAACCCACAACCACAGAAUAUCCCAUGGAAUCAACAGACACUCCCGGCCCUGCAACCAAACCUACCACUGAAUAUCCAAAACCCACCACUGAAUAUCCAACAAAACCUACAACCACAGAAUAUCCAACAAAACCCACAACCACAGAAUAUCCAACAAAACCCACAACCACAGAAUAUCCGAUAAAGCCAACAGACACUACCGCCACUGCAACCAAACCUACCACUGAAUAUCCAAAACCCACCACUGAAAAUCCAACAAAACCCACAACCACAGAAUAUCCUACAAAACCAACAGACCCUCCCGGCACUGCUUCGUCCACUGAAUAUUAUCCUGAAACAACUGGAAUCACAACAACAUCGAAGCCAGGAUAUAUGCCCACUACGACUGAAUCCAAUCCCAGCUCUACAGUGGAGCCAAAUAUCAACUUCAACUGCACUAGUGAAGGUUUUCAUGCUGAUCCCCAGAAUUGCAGCAUUUAUUACCGGUGUACAAAACUAAAUAACAGUUUCCAAGUGUAUAAGUUCCGUUGUCCAAGUGGCACCGUUUGGGAUUCGUCAGUGGAGACUUGCAACUAUGCAGAUCAGGUCGCCGGUAAUUGCUCCUCAGGAAGUAUUCCUACAACAACAUCCAGUGAAAUAACCACACAAUGGACAGAAUCCCCCACAACUACCAUGCAGCCAGUGACUACAAAUAGACCCGAAACUACAACUAUCCCGUCUAUUACAACAAAUCGGCCGGGCGAAACUACAACAAGUAUAUCCGAAACUACAACUAUUUCGAUUGGCUCUACAAUUCGCCCAAUUGAAACUACAACUACAAUUACUGAAGCAACUGAAGCAAACACGGAGGGACAGACGACCACAACACAGCUCCCACCCCAGCCUCAACCUUCAGGCAACUCAACUAUCCCAUGUCCUCAAAUUAGCGAAGAACAAAGUUUAUUUGUGUGCCCGUCGGGCUUUCGUCGACAUCCCAAGCAAUGCAGCAUGUUCUACCAGUGCAAUGAAAACGACAACUCCAAUCUUAACAUAGUGAUGUUCCAAUGCCCCAACGGCACUGUAUAUCAAGAAGCAUCCUGUCGAUGCGCCAAACCCCAGCCCAACGACACCUGUGGCAACAAGAGUUCGUCACGUACGCAACCAAUUGAAGGAGUAACACAUCCAGCAAACAUGGUGCAAAUACAUUCCACAAUGCCACUUUGCCCUGAGGAGGGACACUUUGCCCUAAACCAAGACGAGUGCAGCCAGGUGUUCAUAAAAUGCAGCUACUUUGCUCAGACCGGUCGCAUUGAGGGUCAAAUUAAUCGCUGUCCGCAAGGGUUCACCUACUGGAAUGUGAGUCGACGUUGCGAACCAUCAAGAAAACUGACCAACUGCACUCCGGUCACUUAUAAUGUUGGCAACAGCGUCCCCUUGGAGUGGGUGAACCUUGGAUACAGACGUCGCAGCAUGCGUGUCUAGAAUCCUUACGUAUAGGAUAAGUUUAGUGACUACACGAAAAGGCGACGCAAUUGUUUGCUGCGCAA